AUGUGGUCAGGGGGAAGGAGCCACAAGGACUUUCUGCCAACCCUUCUACCUUCGUCCACAAUCCCCUCCAUCAUCAUUCUCACGCUCCUCCUCUUCAACGAAAGCAUCCGAUCCGCAUCGACGGUAAGGCAAGGCAAGCGAGACCCUGACUUGAUGCGCCUGGCUCCAUCCCAGUCGUAUGCAUGCAGGUACUUGGUACUUCCUUGCCCAUCCACGCUCAUCUGCAUGGACGACCAAGCAUCCAAGGCGCAUCGAGCGAAUUGGGAUUGGGCUCUUGGAAGAGUCUAUGACAUACCUCCGGACUCGCGGGAUGCUAGCUCCCCGACCGAUAGCGCUGGAAGGAGUACAUCUGUGCGAAAGGUGGGACUAGCGAGCACGCAUGGCGGUGCAGCUAGUGCUGGAGCAGCAACUGGGUCAUGCGAGGCUCAGCAGCUCGACGGCCAAUCGGGCGCGAGCAGCCAACUGCUCAAGGAAGAGCAAAGUGGCAGGCGAGUCGCUGAAGAUUCUAUCCUGAAGCAUCACGCUGCUCUGCAUGCCGCACUCGAACCUCUGCAAAAGGUGCCAUUGCAGCUUGUUGAUCUCAGAUCGGAGCAGGUGGACGCGGCGGCAGCGGCAACGACGCAGAGGUCACAUCUGCUCAGAGCUGAGCGAAAGCUUGAAGAGGUGAAAGCGAGAGCAAAGAGAGGUUUCUUGAGAAAGCUCAGAGGUCCUUCGCAUGCUAUGAAGUUGGAACUAGAGCUGGUGAGUACCUCCAGUCACCCUGGUCGCUGCGAGCGUUGGCUAAAACGCGCCCCUCGACUGCUUUGGCUGUUCGUCACCAGGGUGAGAGAGAAUAUCGUCCAUUAAAGGACCAUCUGCAAGACAUAGAAGCCCGCAUACAUUCGCUCAAGAGCGAUGAAGAUGCUGUGAUGAAGCUUGAGCAGAGGCGCCUUUUGCUCGUCACUGAGAUCGAUGCGUAAGUGCGGAGGUGCCAAUGGUCAGAGCUUGUCGGCGGCGCGCCAGCACCUAGAGGAUUUGGAUGCUGAGCCAUUGAGGGUGCCUCAUUCCGCAGUAUCAAUGGCACGAUCUUCAUUGGCACGACGCCAGGUAAGGCUAUUGAGGAGGCCAAACCUUCCUGACCUCACUUCGCUGACAUGCCCGUUUCGACGACGUCCAAUUUUGAAUUUGAGCAGGCUGGCCUGAACAAGACGUCGCCGAGAUGAAUUAUCUUGUGCUCAGAGAGGCUUCAGAUCUGCUCAGAUCGGAGCUGCCCCGAGAGGCGCGAGCGAGAACAAAGCUCGCUCAAGCUCAAGCGACGUGCGCUGAGCUCGUCAAAGAGCUUCAGGGUGCCCUUCAACAUGGCAUAGACCUUGGCGUUGCUUCAAACACCAAGUACACGAAGCAGGUAGGUGCUCAAUGAUGGUAGCGGGAAAUCUCAAGCAUUGAAGCGAGCUGAGCUCUUCUAUACGCUUGAUUCUUUCGCGCUUUUUCCAGAUCGGCAGAGGUAGUUCAGCGAUUGCAACGGCUCGAGGAAUGGAGCCUCGGGUGAGGACGGCAAAGACGCUGGGCGGAAGAAUGUACGAGAGAGGUGCAGAAGCUAGAUCGAUCCAGCCGGAAAUCAGGCCCAUCGGCAAGCUAGAGAUUGUAGAGCUGAACAAGCUUCCCGGCAGAAAGCACAAGGGCGCCUUGUCAGAGACCGUGAGCAGUUUCGUGCGCUCAGCGUAGCGACCCAGUCUUGCUCGUUUCAUAGCUGACGAUGGUGAUUCUUGCUGUGCGCCCACCACCGUUCAUGGCGUUUCGAAUUCACUGGUGGCGCAGGACCUUUAUCAUUCCGUCGAAGCUUCUUAUGCUCAAGCCAGACACUGUGCGCAGCACAUGGUGUACAGUCUUCGCGCCUCGCAUGCGCGCGAGAAGCAAGCUCGAGCACUUUUGCGUUCCUUGGACGCAGAAACGUCCGAAGCGUGCGACUCGUUGAGGGAAGUGAGGAGAAGCAUCGUUCGUUCGGUGCUCGACGCAUCUUCGCCUUCUAGCUCCGCAACAUUGGUCUCCGUCCAGCGCUCGGAAGAAGAGGAUGUCGAGUGUAAAUCGCAGAUAGAAAUUGGAGCUAGAGCAAGAUUGAGAGCUAUCCUUCUUGAGUGUGCAGAGGCUGGCAGAGCCGUGGAUGCCCCGCCGGAGGACGAGGAUGGCGCUGGUUGGGAGCUGCUCACUUGA